AUGGCCGUGUGCCUGCCUGAGACUCGCCUCGAGGAUGCCUCGUGGCCUGGAAGCGAAGGGCUCGGGCAGUGUUACCAUAACCUUUUUUCUUCACCUCUUCCCAGCAUUGGACAUAUUGUAGGCCGGAAGGUGGUAGAUGUGCGAGUGUGUGCCUGCCCCACACGAGAUAUUCGUACUGAUGAAAAUGCUGCCCAGAACAAGGGCAAGCGCAAGUGUUCUUCUCUGCCUCUGUCUCCUCAUCUGACCAAGAAGAAGUUUCGCGCAGUAGAACCCAAAAUAGAACCAAAGGAGGAAAGUGAUGAGACUUACACAAUAACAGUAAGUUGGAGGCUUAUUUAUGAUAUGCAUGCCAUGUCUACUGUAUUCUAAUUUAUUAAUCGUAGCCCAUAUUAACGACGAUUAACAAGAACACCCUAUAUCAUUUCCUUGAUUUUUGGAAAGAUUCUCUUUUAUUUCUGUUAUUGUUUUAAUAACAUAAUAAUCAUAAAGUUAAUAAUGAUAAUAUUAGUAUGAGAUGACCAUUAUGUCCUCAUAAUCUGGCUGCUGGC